CGGCCAUGAGCGCCUCGGACGCCGCCCGCCUGCUGGACGCCGCCGACUUCGCGGCCCACAAGCACCAGGCCCAGCGGCGCAAGGACCCGGAGGGCACGCCCUACAUCAACCACCCCAUCGGGGUGGCCCGGAUCUUGGCGCAGGAAGCGGGAGUCACCGACAUCACUGUGCUGCAGGCUGCGCUGCUGCACGACACGGUGGAAGACACCGACACGUCCCCGGCGGAGCUGGAGGAGCGCUUCGGCGCGGAGGUGAGGCGCGUGGUGGAGGAGGUGAGCGACGACAAGGCCCUGCCCCGCGCCCAGCGCCAGCGCCUGCGCCUCGAGCGCGCCGCCCGCUGCAGCCCCGCCGCCCGCCUCGUCACGCUGGCAGACAAGCUGCACAACCUGCGCGACCUGCACCGCUGCACGCCGCCAGGCUGGUCGGAGGAGCGGGUGCGGGACUACUUCCGGUGGGCCUCGGAGGUGGCGGCGGCCCUGCGCGGGACCCACGCGGCGCUGGAGGAGGAGCUGCGGCGCCUGAUCGAAGCCAGGGGGCUCUAG